ACUUCACCGCACCUGCGCGCCGGACUCUGUGCUGUAGGCAACCUUGAACUCACGAACUCUUCGUAUCCUCUACGCACAACCGUCGCCGCCACCAGACUCACACCAUAUACCCAUCUGGAGUACCGUCCAGGGCCGCUUCAAGGGCUGGCAUGCCGUUCUCGCACGCCGCACAAGACGCACACCCUCUCGUCCUCAGCAGCACCCGCCGCAACGCCCGCCACAUCGCCGCCCUGCCCCCUCCCGCCGGUCCAUGUCCGCAACGCCGUCCGUGGCCGCAGACGGAGACGCAUCCGAAAAUGCCAGCGCGGAUGACUCCUCCGGCGUCGUCACGGUCGCCAAGGACGGGGAUCUCGUCCUGGAGGUGACGUUUGAGACGUCUCCGGCGACCCUGAAGAAGAACCGACAGGCAGCAGCAGCAGGAGUUUCGACCGCCCCCAACGGCAGGCUCUCGUCGUCGGCCGCGGCCACCGCGCGACUCGGGCCCAGGCCGGCGGCGGCGGCGUCGACGACGACGAUGAAGACGACGCUCAAGGUGGCGUACAGGGUGAGCUCCCGGGCGCUGAGCCGGCACUCGCGCUACUUUGAGAACCUCUUGUCGAACCACCAGUUCCGCGAGGCGCGGCUCGUCGCCGACGCGCACGCCAAGCUCUCCCUCGCGGGCAUCAAGCCCGCCGAGGCAGCCGUCCGCGACCUGCCCGUCGUCGCCGUGGCGGAUGACGACCAGGCCACCGAGGCGACGGGCCGGGAGCUCGCGUUCGAGGUCAUGUUGAGCAUCAUCCACGGGCGGCCGGCGCGCAACAGCAACAACGCCAAGUCGCUCAUGUCGUACGCCCUGACGCUGGCCAUCAUCGCCGACCGCUUCGACUGCGUCGCCCCCGUGGCCCGCGCGCUCAACCACGAGCUCAAGUUCAAGUGGCCCGUCACGAGCAACAGGCCGUUGGUCGACGACGCGACGGGCCACCCGACCCAGAUCGAGCAGGUGUUGCGGCAAAAGGUCCUGGUCGCGUGGCUGCUGGGACAGGCGAUGCGGCUGCUGCAGUCGUCGCGGGAGCUCAUCAUGAGGGGGUCGAGGCUCUGGAGCGCAUUCCAUGAGGCGGACCCGCGCUUGAGCGCCGCCUGGUGGAACUUGCCCGAGGGCCUGGAAGAUGAGCUGCAGUACAGGCGCGAGUGCAUCCUCAACACCGUCUCGUCGGUUCAGCGCCACUUCCUCGACCUGUACUCGUCGCGGGACAGGCAGUGCAAGCUCGGCUACGACACCAGCGCCGCCUGCGACAUCUUCCAGCUGGGGCAGCUCCACCGCUUCCUCAAGUCCAAGGAGCUCCUCUUCCUCGUCGACUACUCCCAGUCGUCGCUCGACGCCGUCCCCGACACGCCGCACCUCGACCUCGAGGAGCUCAUCGCCACGCUGAGGCAGUGCCCCAACUACCAGGUCGACAAGCACCACGUCAACUGCGGGCCGCAGCUGCGCAUCAAGGCCAUCCUCGACUACAUACGAACCAUGCUCUCCGCCAAUGUCGUCUCCAUCUCCCACGCGGACUGGAAGAGGCGGCGCGCGCAGGUCUCUUGGAAAAGCCGCACGACGAAAAUAAGCUCGACGGAUGACGACAGUGGCACCACGUUUGCGUUCACUCGAGCUGUUGCUCAUGACAAACGUCUGCGUUAUGAAGGGGCGAUGCAUGCGGACCACAUGGCGUUGAGCCUCUUCACGGCGGACGCGUGGGACUGGACACCAGAGGCCUGAUGUUUCAUGAUACGACGCCAAAUGUUUACAAGCAGCACUUCGUGCAGAUAUAUUAGAGAGACGCAAAUCCCACCCUACCGGUGAUUGAUGGCCCGGCAGGUCCUUCGUAAGACGCUAGAUGCGGGGCAGGCCCUCUAGAGCCAACCGGGCGGGGGUAUAGGGUCGAGAAAGGGGGUCUUCCAUAGACACACAGACAGCAUGUGUGGAAUUAGAGCUGGUCAGAGGACGUUUGCCCCUCCUCAGACGCUUGCCGUCGUCGUCUUCUCCCGCAG